AAAUGUAACGUAAAUGAAGAUGGAUGUCAGCAGUAUGUCGCCGCUAGUGGGAGCUACUUAUCUGCUAGCAGUCGGAUGUUGUGAAGAACAAGCUAUGGCAUCGUCCAACAUUUUAUCCAGAGUUUGUGCGUGUGUUGCUGUAACUCAGCAAGAGGGUGGGAGCGCCGCUUAGUGUUUCCAUGGACGUCGGCUGAUGGGCGAAGCGAUGCGGCACCACUGGCUGCUCCUUGGGGCUUGCGGCUGGGUGCUGCUCAUCCUAAUGUUCGUCAGCAAGUUCAUCAGCUUCAGAGCUAUAGAUGACUACGGAGAGAGGUUUAGUGGUCAGAGUUCAGGCACUGUGCCAGGCACCAAAGUGGCUAAACACAAUCUUGUUUCCAGCCCAGACAAACCAGUUCCACAGCCAUCUGAUCCGGUGACUGUGCAGCCCUCAGCUGUACCUACAGAUGCAGAUUGGCAGGCAGUCUCUGAGAGGCGAAUCGAGUUGCUCUCCACUGUGUGUAAGAACAGCAGCCUCAGGAAUUUGACUCAUGUCUCCAUCAGCAAGUUUGUUCUGGACCGCAUCUUUGUGUGUGACAAACACAAGAUCUUGUUCUGCCAGACGCCUAAAGUGGGCAACACACAAUGGAAAAAGGUCCUCAUUGUGCUCAAUGGAGCAUUCUCCACUGUGGAGGAGAUCCCAGAAAACCUUGUUCAUGAUCAUGAGAAGAACGGCCUGCCCCGCCUCUCAUCACUCACACCGCAGGAAAUUACUCACAGAUUAAACACUUACUUCAAGUUUUUCAUCGUGAGAGAUCCCUUUGAGCGCCUGAUUUCUGCCUUCAAGGAUAAGUUUGUGAAGAACCCCCGCUUUGAGCCUUGGUACAAGCAUGACAUCGCUCCGGCCAUCAUUCGUAAGUACCGCAAGAGCCACCGGGACAACGACCUUGCCGCCUCUGGCCUGCACUUUGAGGACUUUGUCCGUUACUUGGGGGAUGUGGAAGGCCGUCGCCGAGUGGACCGGCAGUUUGGUGAGCACAUUAUUCACUGGGUGACUUAUGCAGACUUGUGCGCACCAUGUGAAAUACACUACAGUGUGGUGGGCCACCACGAGACACUGGAGAAAGACGCCCCAUACAUCCUCAAAGCAGCAGGCAUUGACCAGCUGGUGUCCUAUCCAGCUAUUCCUCCAGGCAUCACACGCUACAACAGGACCAAGGUGGAGCACUACUUCUCAGGCAUCAGCAAGAGGGACAUCAGACGUCUAUACACACGCUACCAGGGUGACUUCCACCUAUUUGGUUACCCAAGCCCAGACUUUCUAAUGAACUGAAAUGAUUACCAAUAACUAAAAGACAUGUUUUCUUAUAAAAUCCUUACUGAGGACACAGGUGCAUCAUAGCGGACUGUGUGCCAUCAAACUGGCAGACCUAACGGGCUCAAAUGCAGUAGAUUGCACACUGUAAUAUCUUUGUUCUGACCACUUGUGUUGGAAUAACUGACAGGUUACUAUGUUGGCUGUAUUUGCAAUGACUGAAAAGUGUUGCCUAAUCAUAUAUUUAACAGUGUUUUUUUAUGGAAAGAGUAGUUUUCUGGAAACCUGUAGUGUCACAGUACAGUGAAGGAAGAAAGAUGGUGUUGCUGCAAAAGAUGGGACGUGAGUACAGGCAACACCGUCACAGUCAGCAGCGAUAAAAGGUGUGUGUGUGUGUGUGUGUGUGUGUGUGUGUGUGUGUCUCUCACAAUAUACAGAUCAGGUACAGGUCAAAUGGAGAACACAUUUGUUAUCUUAUAUUUAAUGUUUAUGACUGAAUUGUCCUCGUUUAUCAAAGAGGUGUACUAUGUAAUGCCAGGGAUACAGGCCCGUUACCCUGUAAUGUAGCCGUUAUACUGCACUGUAUGAAUCGCCUGUAUCAAUGAUUCAACCUGUCAAGGAAGGUUACAGGCAAUGCUAUGCGUUUAUUACAUGUGGUGUCUUUUCUGUACUUCUUGCUGUCAUGCUAGAUGUAGGCAAAGACGGUCUGUAUCAGGGAUGCUAACAUUUUUGGACAAGGAAAGUGAACUCAAAGAUACAAUACCAACUGAUUGGACGUUGAUAUUUUUCAUUGUUUUUAUUAGCAAAUCAGUAUUAACUUUAAAAAAAAUAAUUGAACCUUGAUUUUUGCAAGCUGUAUUAUAUCUCUGUAAGAUAGUGAAUUACCCUACAACUAUCAUGAAAUAGCAUCAAAAUGGUAACAAAAUGACUUUAGUCCUGCCCUGAUCCAUAUUGUAGCCAUUGUUCUAGCUGUUCUGCCUUUUCUAGAACUGACAAAGGAAUCAAAUUGCUUUUGACUCCAUUUAUUCAGCUGUCAACUGCACUGGGACAUUGAAGGAAAUUGGCACAGAGUCAUUUUUCUAUCAGAAAUGUAUAUAUGUUUAAAUGUUCACAUGACUUGCAACUCAACAUUUGUAUUACAUGUUGCUAUUUAUAAUAUUAUUAACCUGCUGACUGGUUGGGCACAAAAAGUGUUGCCUGCCACCAGCAACUUGGUGACCUUUAGGAAAGGUGGUCAUAAUACAAAGACAACGCUAGUUAGCAAUAAAGUUCCAUGUGGAAUUAAAA